AGCAGCGGUUUUCCAUUACUUUUCUCUUCUGAGUUCUGUGGGCGCUUGAUUUCCAACAAAAAGGUUUGGAAAAUCAGAAGUUACGAGAUGGUUAGAGCGUAUAAACAAGAGCACACAUAUAAGCACCCAUGGGAAAGAGUAACUUCUGCAUCCUGGCGCAAGUUUGCUGAUCCUGAGAACAAGCGCAUUCUAUCGCAUAUCCUCGAAGUUGACACAUUGAACCACAAGCUUGAUUCCAGCUCAGGGAAGCUUUACACGACUCGUGCCAUAACUAUCCAUGCACCAGGACCAUGGUUCCUCUGCAAAAUCAUUCGUCAAGACAUCUGUCACUGUGUAGAAUCAACUGUUGUUGAUGCCCAAUCUCGGUCCAUGCAGCUCUCCACUCGAAACAUUAGUCUGGAGAAGUACAUUGAAGUGGAGGAGAAAAUCAGAUAUGACCCUCAUCCAGAUAAUCCAAAGUUAUGGACCGUCUGCAAGCAGGAAACGAGUAUCAGGAUUAAGCCCUUAUCAGCACUGGCUUCAAUGGCAGAGAAAAUAGAACAGAAGUGUGUGGACAAGUUUCAGGCAAACAGCGCGAAGGGAAGAGAAGUAAUGGAACGGAUGUGCAAGUACCUCGAAGCUGAAUCCAGAGGCAUUUCAGCAUGAUUUAACAAUCAAACUUUACAUUAGGCUUCUUCAGUGCUAGUAUCCGACCCCUCCUUUAAACGUGAGAGGUGAGUUUACGCUGAACACUUGUUGGCAAUUCGAAUGUCAUCAUAUGGAAAAGAGGACACCGAUCAUGAAUCGUUCUUUCUGAACUUUUUGUUAGCUAUAGUAGAUGCAAUAACUAAGUUAUCCUAGAACUUCUUUGUGAGAAUGUUACCUAGAUGGAAAUUUUACUUUAAA